AUGAUCACGACUCCAUUCAUCGCCCUCGUCCUUGCGCUGUCGGCGGUGGCAACCCCUUUGGUGACCAUACGCAGCACCCCAGUGACUCUUCCCUUGGCGAAACGACUCAACAUUACGAAAGGCGUGGACCUCGGCAAGCAGGCCAGAGCCAGAGCGAAGGGUUUGCGCGCUCUCGGAGAAGCCAAAGCCAGGGGGGCAAGUCACUUCGAAAUAGGGGCAAUUAUCAACGAGCCAGUCGUCAACCAAGCGGUAACAUAUACUGCUGUCGCCAGAAUUGGUAACCCAGCCACAACGUUCCCGAAUUUGUUGAUUGACACUGGAAGCUCUAAUACAUGGGUUGGCGCCACAACACCUUUCCGGAAUACCGCAACUACUCAGGAUACCGGAGAGUUGAUGCAAGUUACGUAUGGCUCAGGGUUUGUCUUGGGGGAAGAAGUGCUCGACAAGUUUGAUCUCGGCGGUGGUCUCGUCGUCCCUCAACAGUCUAUCGGAUCCGCCAUCUUCCAGUCAGGAUUUGACGGUCUAGAUGGUAUCCUUGGAAUUGGACCUGUAGGCCUAACAUCUGGUAAAUCUAGCACGACGCAGGGUGGCGGCCUUGUGCCCACAGUUACAGACAACCUCUUUUCGUCAGGGAUUAUCUCUGCCAACCAGAUUGGUAUCUCGUUUAACCCAACCACCACCGUCGUUUCACCAAACGGGGAGUUGACCUGGGGUGGAGUUGAUACUUCAAAAUUCACCGGUGGUCUCACGUUUGUCCCUGUCACGUCGACAUCUCCAGCUUCUUCCUUCUGGGGUAUCGAUCAAUCCGUGUCCAUUGGUAACAAUGUUAUAUUGCCAACAACCGCUGGAAUUCUCUCCUACAUAGGAACAACGCUCCUGUUAAUCGCGACUGAUGCUUUUGCUAGGUAUCAAGCGUCUACCGGUGGGGUCCCCGACGCCGCAACCGGCUUGUUGAGGAUAACACCUCAACAGUUUAUCAACCUACAAAACGUGGACUUUCACAUUGGCGGAACAACCUUUACACUGGUGCCGAAUGCGCAAAUCUGGCCUCGAGCUUUGAAUACCGCAAUUGGAGGAUCUAACUCCUUCGUAUACCUCAUUGUGGCGGACUUGGGAACACCUUCUGGAGAGGGCUUCGAUUUCGUCAAUGGAUUUGCGUUCCUAGAACGGUUCUACAGCGUGUUCGACACCACAAACCGACGUGUCGGCUUCGCUACUACGCCGAACACAGCGGCGCCGAUAAACUAA